AAUGACUUGAGAGGGUAACAUACUAUUUCAUUUUGUCACAUUUGGUCACUAAACUUUUUUUUUUUUUGCUCUAAUAGCCAUUUAACUUGUUCAUUCGUGUAAAUGUCACCCCUACGACUGCUUUUUGCCGGUUUCAAUGGACAGGUCCAUCCUACGUGCCAGUAAGAUCCUACGUGGCAUGUAAGGCUAUGUUAUUAAAAGAGGGGUGUAUGCGGUUCCUUGAUUGUGCCGUAAUACCCCCGAUGGCUUCCUCCUACAGCUUCUCAUCAUCCCUCAAUCGAUCAAGCAAGAAAUCAACUGCGCACGAUACAAAAACUUGUGAUUGUGGGUUCCCUGCACGUAUUCUAACAUCAAAAACACCAAAGAAUCCAGGGAGGCAUUUCAUGGUGUGUAAUGAGGGUAAAUGCAAAUAUUGGAAAUGGUUGGAUGUAGAACCUGUAGAAAUGCCUCUAAUGGAAGUGGUGGAGGGAAUGAAAGUUGAAUUAGUAGCAUUAAAGACCGAAGUAGAGAAGGUGAAGGAAGACAUGGAACAAAUGAAGAAGGAAAAGUACUCUGAUGCCAUUGCAAUGAAGGAAAAAAUAUAUAAGUUUACCAUAGGAUUUCUUUUUUUGAUCAUCGUGUAUAUGAUGAAAUGAUGUGAAUGAUGUAUUGAAAGAUGUUGUUUGAAUGGAAUGAAUGUAUUAUCUUAACUUCUUGUUGGAAUGGAAUGAAGUAAUUUUGAUUGGAAUGGAAUCAUAAAGUAGUAAUUUUGACUAGAAUGGAAUCACAAAGUAGUA